GUUCCUCCAAGAGAACUCUCCUCCACUAUUUGGUGGAAACCGCGGAGGAAAAGGACCCAGAAGCUCUCAGCUUUGUGGAUACCUUACUGGAACCUCUACAAAAAGCAGCAAGGUUUACUAUGGAGGGAAUCACAACUGAAUUCAACCAGCUGAAGAAGCUGGUCCAUAGACUCAAACGAGAAUGUGAACAUGUGGAAGACGACGUAAAAGCACAGUUUGCCGAAUUUUUAGAAGAAGCUGAUGCCGAUCUAGAAGAUACUGAAGACGUCAUAGAGAGGAUACGUAAGCAGUCGUGUCGUCUGGCCCAACAUUUCUGUGAGAAGGAGAAAACCCUCAACUUAGAUGAAUUCCUGAGCACUUUUAGACAAUUUUGCGAGAAAAUCAAACCAUGCCAGCAGGAAAUGAAAUCUCGGCGUCAACAAGAGGAAUCGACGGAAAGACGGAGACGAGCACAAGAAGGAACAUCCGAUAGACGCAAAGUUUCCUUUAAUGCCUCUGCUAAAGCAGAAGACAGGAAGAUCGUUGAUAACAUUGUGGACGAGAUACGCCAUGGUAAGGUGUUGAGGAGACUAUCUCUGAGGAAGAAGACGUCUAAUAACGUCACAGGAAGGGUGGGUGGAUUGUGAGCUGUGAUAUCAAAAAGACAGGCGAACUGUGAUGGGACAAAGGAGGAGCAAGUGGA